AUGAGCAGCAACAACCCCGGAAACUUUGCCAACCGCCCCAAGGAGGAGGUCCAGGAGAUCGCGGCCAAGGGCGGCCACUCCAGCGGCGGCAGCGGCGGCAACACCCACAGCAGCUCCGGUACCCACUCUUCCGGCACCGGCAACUCCAACCCCGGCAACUUUGCCAACCGCCCCAAGGAAGAGGUCCAGGAGAUCGCGGCCAAGGGCGGACAUUCCAGCCACUCUGGCGGUUUCGCCAGCAUGGACGCCGACAAGCAGCGCGAGAUCGCGUCUGAGGGCGGCAAGGCCUCGUCCGGCUCUUUCGAGCCUGGUUCUGAGAAGGCGCGUGAGGCGGGCCGCAAGGGCGGUCUCUCGGGCGGCUCCAACUAG